AUGGCGACGUCUAAUUUGUUAAAGAACAAGGGGUCCCUGCAGUUUGAGGACAAGUGGGAUCUGAUGCGGCCCAUCGUCCUCAAGCUGCUCAGACAGGAAGCUGUCACCAAGCAACAGUGGUUCGACUUGUUCUCAGAUGUUCACGCUGUGUGUCUAUGGGAUGACAAAGGACCAGCCAAAAUCCACCAAGCCCUCAAAGACGACAUCCUCGACUUCAUCAAACAAGCACAAGCUCGAGUGCUGAGCCACCAGGACGACACAGCUCUCCUCAAAGCCUACAUUGUGGAGUGGAGGAAGUUCUUCACCCAGUGCGACAUCCUGCCCAAACCCUUCUGUCAGCUGGAGAUCACACUGAUGGGAAAACAAGGCAGCAACAAGAAAACCAACAUGGAGGACAGCAUUGUACGCAAGCUGAUGCUGGACACGUGGAACGAGUCGAUCUUUUCAAACAUUAAGAGUCGCCUGCAGGACAGCGCCAUGAAGCUGGUGCACGCCGAGCGGCUGGGCGAGGCCUUUGACUCUCAGCUCGUGAUAGGCGUACGAGAGUCAUACGUCAACCUGUGCUCUAACCCGGAGGACAAGCUGCAGAUCUACAGGGAUAACUUUGAGAAAGCCUACCUGGACUCUACAGAGAGGUUCUACAGAACUCAGGCGCCGUCAUACCUGCAGCAGAACGGUGUCCAGAACUACAUGAAAUAUGCAGAUGCGAAGCUGAGGGAGGAGGAGAAGAGAGCGCUUAGAUAUCUAGAAACACGUCGUGAAUGUAACUCUGUUCAAGCACUGAUGGAGUGUUGCGUGAACGCUCUGGUGACCUCGUUCAAAGAGACAAUCCUCGCCGAAUGUCCAGGAAUGAUCAAACGCAACGAGACAGUCAAGCUGCACCUCAUGUUUUCACUGAUGGACAAGGUUCCCAACGGGAUCGAGCCCAUGCUGAAAGACCUGGAGGAGCAUAUCAUCAGUGCUGGACUAGCGGACAUGGUGGCUGCUGCAGAGACUAUCACUACUGACUCUGAAAAGUAUGUGGAGCAGCUGCUGACUUUGUUUAACCGCUUCAGUAAGCUGGUAAAGGAGGCUUUCCAGGAUGACCCACGCUUCCUCACAGCAAGAGAUAAGGCUUACAAAGCGGUCGUCAAUGAUGCCACAAUCUUCAAACUGGAGCUGCCGAUGAAACAGAAAGGAGUGGGAAUGAAGACUCAGCCGGAGUCGAAGUGUCCGGAGCUGCUGGCAAACUACUGUGACAUGCUGCUAAGGAAAACCCCGCUCAGCAAGAAACUGACCUCAGAGGAAAUUGAGCUCAAACUCAAAGAAGUGCUCUUGGUGCUGAAAUACGUCCAGAACAAAGACGUGUUCAUGCGUUACCACAAAGCUCAUCUGACCAGGCGCCUGAUCCUGGACAUUUCGGCCGACAGCGAGAUUGAAGAGAACAUGGUGGAGUGGCUGAGAGAAGUGGGAAUGCCUGCUGAUUAUGUGAACAAGCUUGCCAGGAUGUUUCAGGACAUCAAGGUGUCAGAGGACCUCAAUCAGGUCUUCAAAGAGAUGCACAAACACAACAAGCUGGCACUGCCAGCGGACAGCGUGAACAUUAAGAUCCUGAACGCCGGUGCCUGGUCACGAAGCAGUGAGAAGGUUUUCGUCUCGCUGCCCACGGAGCUGGAGGACCUGAUCCCCGAGGUGGAGGACUUCUACAAGAGGAAUCACAGCGGUCGGAAGCUCCACUGGCAUCACCUCAUGUCCAACGGCAUUAUCACCUUUAAAAAUGAAGUGGGGCAGUACGACCUGGAGGUGACGACGUUCCAGCUCGCCGUGCUGUUUGCCUGGAAUCAGAGACCCAGAGAGCGAAUCAGCUUCGAGAACCUCAAACUGGCCACAGAGCUGCCCGACGCAGAGCUACGCCGAACACUCUGGUCUCUGGUCGCCUUCCCGAAGCUGAAGAGGCAGGUGUUGUCUUACGACCCCCCGGUGAGCUCACCCAAAGACUUCACAGACGGCACGCUCUUCUACGUCAACCAGGAGUUCUCUCUCAUUAAAAACUCCAAAGUUCAGAAGCGGGGAAAGAUCAAUUUGAUUGGCCGUCUGCAGCUGACCACAGAGCGAAUGAGAGAAGAGGAGAAUGAAGGAAUCGUUCAGCUCAGAAUACUCAGAACUCAGGAGGCCAUCAUCCAAAUCAUGAAGAUGAGGAAGCGGAUCAGCAACGCCCAGCUGCAGACGGAGCUGGUGGAGAUCCUGAAGAACAUGUUUCUGCCUCAGAAAAAGAUGAUAAAAGAGCAGAUCGAGUGGCUCAUCGAGCACAAAUACAUAAAGAGGGACGAGGCGGACAUCAACACCUUCAUCUACAUGGCCUAGGCAGCGAGGACGGAGUGUGUGUUUUGCUGUUUUUUACGACUGGCCUGCAUCUGGCGCUUUAAAACCUGCGAGAUGAGACAAACAAGGACUUAAAGGAUGUGUUUGAAGAAGGAGAAGAGGGCUGGGAGCGCGCUGAAGGACACGGAAAAGCCUUUUUAACAAAAGUGUGGCUAUUGUUUGUGUUUGUGAGACGCCAGUGUGUUACCGGAGUGUCAUUUCAAGCCGUAGCGUUGAGUCAUCUGGCCGUGUGUUUGUCCCUGCUGCCCUCUAGUGUCUGCUCAGAGGAGAGGAACGGCGGCGUGCACCGUCCGCCAGCAGCUCAGAAGAAGAAAAAAUAGUGAUGUAAUUGAAUACUUCCUGCCUUACUUUCAUCAGCAGUGGACUUCGGAGAAGGAGGUGGAGAAGGAGUGAGGGCAGAAAAGGAGAACAAAGCUGAUAUCAGUCCUUUGCUUUCACGUCAUGCGACGGCUGCCAUGUUAGCCGCAGCCAUUUAGCAUCCCUCCUGUCCUACACUGAUCUAAUACUCGAAGAGGGAAUGCAGAGUGAAAGCUGCCAUCGAGGAGGAGAGAGACGAGUUCAAACUACCGAGGAGUAUUUUGCCAAAUCGUGUGUGUCUGUGUGUUUGAGUGCAUGGUGUGUAUCUGAUCUUUUAGUUGUGCGUGUUUGUAUGUGUGUGUGCACUUUCAACAGCAUGCUGCUCUAUGAUUUUUUUUUUUCCCCCUUCAGUGGAGAAUCUGUCACACUUUGGUUGUAUCAGAAAGGGUUGGGAAUUUAAAUGCUGGUAUUCAGAUUUUUUUUUUGCGAUCCCCUGACCGGGCUGCAGGUGACGUCAUCUUUGCAGAGCCUCAAGAACAAAACGAGAAAGUGUAACUGCCCCAGUGUGUGAGGUCUGGAUUGUGCACACACUCAGAUGGAAGUUCAGUGUCUAAAUUUUUACCUCAUUCAUUCUAAGAGUGUCUUUUUUUAUUUUUUGCACAGUUAGAGAAAACCACACAGCUGCUCGGUUGCUUUUACUUACGGUUUGAAUGAGCUGCUGGUGUUUGGACCUUUUUCCAAAGCAGAACACUGUCUGAGUUUGUGUGAUGUGUGCACACUGCCCUUUUGUUCUUCCUCUCUGCCUGAACUCUCAGAAAGCUACAAAUCACCUUCAGCCCAUAAACCUUCAUAGUGUUUGAAGCAAAGCAACAAUUUAGUCCCUUUAAAGCAGCUCUCACGAUUCUGCAGCCAUAACUUUAGUUCCGUUAUCACCGGGACAUAAAAACUAUUUAGCAUUGUCAGUUUGUCUCUGAAUCACAAAAGCCUUUAAAAGAUCGGUGACUGCCUCAAAACAAGCUGAACUUAUUCUUCACACUUGGUCCAGAGCAACAACACGAUUGUUUCUCAUCACACCAGAGCUCUGAAUUUGCUCCAUGCUAAUGGAGUUGGAGAAAAUGAUGAAAAAGUGAAAACGUUUCCCUUUUUAUUACCAUAAUGAGAACCUAGAAACACCUGCCACCACACAGGUGAAGCUCCAAACGUUUAGGGGGAAUUAAAUAAAACAAAAUCACAGGAUGUGUCAGGGGGUCGAACCAAAACAAUAAUUUUAGAGAUGAAAGUUGUAAAAUUACAAAGGAAAAUAUGCAGAUGUGCUAUACAGCAGAUCCUUUACACUUUAUAUACUUAUCAUAAAUCUGGCACAGGACGACACCUUAAAGAAAAAAGACAACUAUGAACUUCCUGUUCAGGCUAAUGUGCUAUUUCCCUAUGUUAAAGAAUUCAGAGACCUUUGGGAGGUGACCACGCACUGCAGUAAACACCAUGUUACAUACAGUAAAGGCACAGAGGCUGUUUUAUCAUAUCAAUAAAUCAAUCUUAGCAUUUUCCAUACAAUCUAUAAACAUUUGAUAAGCUUAUACUCACAUAAGGCCAACUUAAAUCGAGGAAAUGUGUUGAGGAUAAACAAUAAGCCAGUGUCUGAUUGGUGCAGGGCACCAAAAAUUCCACUAAACAGGAAACAACCCUCUAAAAGUAACGAGUUCUUCUUCUACUCUUUCUCACCUGAUUGUAAUUUGGUGCUGUAGCCUCUGCAACAUCUUCAAUAUGAGUGUGAAAAUGUAUUUUGUCAGCUGACCGGUCAGUGAGUGCGAGAUCAGCCGCAGUGAAUUAUAGAGAAUAAAAAGCUGCUGAGGUAAAUAUGGAGAACCAAUCAGUGCCCCCCACCCCUCACAAUCAGCAAAAGCUGUUUCUGUAAAAUUACUUUAGUGUAUUUAAUGAAGACAUGUAAAACUUUACAUCACACUAUGUCUGCAACUCACUUUGGGGCGAGUUGCAGACCCUUAAAGUACACAGGGUUGAGUGGAAGAUUGAACUUUCUAAUUUAUUAAUUUCCAGCAUUUUCGAGCCCUCAUAACUCCAGAUUAACUUCACACCCACUCCAUGUGUCAUCAUCUUAACAGAGUUUUAGUUUUUUCCAUGAUUUUUGGACACGGGAUAAUAAUGUAAUGUAAAUAAUGUGUUAGUUCACCCAGUGAAGCAGUGGGCAGCCACCAAUGCAGCGCCCGGGGAGCAGCGUGUAGGGACGGUACCUUGCUCAGGGGUACCUCAGGGUAGCUGUUCAGUGGAGUCGAACCCCCGACCUUCCGAUCAUGGGGUAACCACGCUACCUACUGAGCUAUCCCUGUCCCAUACUGUGUAUCAUACUUCCAGUGGUUACAAAACUAUUUUUACUUUAAUGUCUAUAAUUCCGAGUAACAGAACCAGGUUUUGGUAUCCUGGAGAAAAAGUGAGUUUUGGGUAAACCUUCAGUGGUCAUCUCACCAUGAGGGACAAGUGGAGGAUCAGACCAUGUUAUGGCAUGUAAAGGUUUCAUUUUUCGCUACGUUUUGAUGCCAAGCUCACCUUCCGGAGGUGAUCCCUUCAUAUUAAAAAAAACGUGGCUGAUUUUUAUCAGUUGCACUGGGAAUCUUUUUGCUCUUGUUGAACUGAGAAUCAAAUCCUGUGAGCAGUGAGGAAAAAGAAAGACGACUGUGAAUGUGUGGGGUUGUUUUUUGUUUGUUUGUUUUUUAAUAUUUAUUCUGUAUUUAUGAGGAAUGUUACUUUUUUGUCCAUUUUUUUUCUUGCCUUGUUUUUGCAAACACGUCUGUUGCCGUUGCAGUACUGACUUAAACAGUACUGACUUAAACAGCCUGCAAAAAAAAACUGUUAGUCUAAUUUAUUUCACUUUCCACAUAAAGAUUUAUCUGCAAUUUUGUCAAAAUGCUGAAGCCGCUUUUACGUUUGUUACUGCGACACAUCGAUGUUGAGAAUAAUCCAUUUUACACACUGACGUGCAAAAAAAAACAUUUUAAAAAACGCUGGAGUUUUCUGAUUAUUGUGAACUCUUCUGAAUGCAGUGAGGCCGUCUGCCUCAGGUUUCACCUGAGAUGAAACUAACUCCACAUGUCAGUCGCAUUAUAUGCAGUUUUAUUCUCUAUGCACAGGCCUGGCUCACUUAGUUUUUUUUUUUUGUUUUUUUUUUGGCAGAUGAUACCCUGUUGUAUUUUUAAACACAUUUGAGGACACUGAGGGACUUUAAUGAGUUCUUUCUUUGUGUGAUCCGUGAGGAAAAACACUCAUUUAAUUACAUUCAGUCUCAUCUGUCUCUGUGUUAGUCAGUAGGGGGUUUCUUCCUCUGGUUUUCUGAAGAGAAAAAUCUAUCCCAAAACUCUUAAGUCUCAGUGCUGGGCUGCUUUAUUCUUAUUUUCUGUCAGAGUUGAGGAGUUGAACAGUUAAACCUGCAGUAAUCUGUCACACAAAGCACAGAGAUGUACAGCAGAACUGGCACAAAAUCCCAGAUAUGGUGCACCAUCUAACCUCUUAUUCCGCUUGUUCCGGUGGUUUUAGAGGUUUGGUUUGAUCUAAAAAAGAAGAAUUGCUCCACGACUAUCAGGUCAGCAUGCAUGAUCCCCGUCUCUUAGGAUAGUUAAAACCUCUGAGAAUCUAAUCUGUGUGUCUCGUACUGUGCAUGUGUUAAGCUGCUUUACCCUGCUUACAGGUUAUCUGCAACCUGCUUUGCAACCCACCAAUACUCAAUCUCCUUUUUUUUGUUUUUUUGUUUUUAAACUGCUGUUUCAGAUUUAUUCAGUUUCAGAUCCACAGUCAUAGGUGACAUCACUAGCUGGGUUUAUUUAUAGGCAUAAAUCCUCAAAUCCGCAUACAGCUAACUGGAUGAAAGGCGUUUCUCAAUAACUGAACCCAGCACACUAAAUAUUUUUGGGGAGGGUCCUUCCUUUGUUUAUUGUUCCUGAUAAGCAUCUUUUUCUGGUUGAGUUUUAACUUCUGGCUUCAAGGUGUACUGUGUCGUUUUGAUUGAAGAAGUUCCAACAAUCACAGAAACUUGGUCUGAAAAUCAUUUUUUUGAUGAUGGGUACUCAGAAAUGAUAACUUGUCAAAAACUAAGAAAUUCAAGUUUGUUAAUCUGUAGUUGGAGGGGGGAAAUGUCACCAGUGAGAUUACAGAAGGGCAUCAAGGUACAAAGCUGGAUUUGUACUUACAAACCUACAAAAAUGUUUCAGGCACUGAAACAAAACUUUCAGCUUUGAAUCUGCCAUUUAAUUAUUUUUUUUCUCUUUUGUUUUUCUCAGACUUCACCUCACUGUUGAUAGAAAUUAUCCUACUGAUGCUGAGCUCAUAGCUAGUGGUUGUCUUCAAAGUUUAAGACUGAAAUAACAACCAUCCAUCCAUUUUCUUCUGUUUAUCCUUGUCAGGGUCACUUAUGUGCUCUACCCUGUGACCCCAGCUUGAUUCAUUCAUAUAAGCACUUUUAUUCUGUGCUUUCUUAAGCAUAGUUUUCAUUCAUCAUCCCAUGGAUUUGUUGGAGAGUAGCUUGGGGUUGGUAUCCUGCCCAAGGAUAUUUGGUGUCUAGACUGGAGCAGCCAGGGAACCAACAACUUUACAAUUAUAAGAUGACCUGCUCUACUUCCUGACAUACAAAUCUAAAUCUUCUAAAUUUAGCUCAGGCAUUCAUGAAUCCAGAUGAUGUUUGUAACCUUCUCACUUGUUCUGAAGUUUAUAAGUUUUAACUCAUAAUGAGAGGUAUCUGCAACAACCAAUCCGUCAGAUGUAUUUGUGGCUUCCAGAGGGUGGGUUACUGUAACUCUGAUGUCCUUUCUAUUCAGCCCCUCACAGAAAAUUGUACAAAUCAUUUUUGGUGUUUGUGGGUUUUUGUCCUGUUAAUUUUUGACAUCAGCUUUAUUUGUUAAUGUUUGCAAGGUUUGCUGCUAUAGUAACAACAACAGACGAGCUCAGUCUCACUCACUUUUUGCUUACUUGACAACUUUGGGUUUGAAUUCAAAGAAAGUUAAGGCAUCCUUCCCUGUGUGGCCACACUUUGAGAAAUGUAGAAUUCGUUUUCUAAUCACUUUAAUGUUUUUUGUUUAAUAUGUCAGUUAUGUAGAACUGAACACCUCCAGUUUAACUGAAUUUCCAUCAGCUUCAGCUGUGCUUUGUAUUAAGUGCUAGUUUUCAACUAUUACCAUGUAAACAGACUGAACUCAGAGGGUAAGCAUACCUGUUGCCUGUCAGACUACGGGCUGAACCCGAGCCUCACUUGAAUUGUUUAUACAGGCUGACAAACUUUGAAUUUCUUCAGAGGUUUUUCAGUUUCACUGCAUCAUUUCACAAGCUGCCAGUCUUCAAUAAAGGGAACCUUUUAUUCCUCUCACUGUAUGUCAUAUACAUGUACUGUUAGAAGCUAUUUUACUGGCUAAAAUGACAGAGUAGUGUCAUUUAUGACCCCAUUAUUUAAGGUUACUCUCCUGAUCUUUUAGGAGACUAUAAACUUUGCAUCAGUACCAGAUAAUAGAAACUCAUGAAAUGGACAGACUUGUUUUAAAUGGCUCUGUCUGUGUUUAUCGUACCUAUACUAUUUCCCUAUCUAUGACGUAUUCUAAGAUAUGUCUUAGAACUGAAGAAGCUUCUCUGAUGAGAGGUGGUAGUCAUUUGUUUUAGUUUUCGAUCAUUUUUGUGCAAAAAGGAGUCGACUGGACUCAUUCCUACAUCAGCUGAGCUAUCAGUUUGGGCAUUAAAUGUCUGUCUCAGGGCUUCUGCAGCAGUAAAUCUUUGCAUUAUAGCUGUGUUAGCCGUGGUUCACUACAAAACAUCACAAUGAUUCAUUCCCACUUUUAAGCACAACACAGGGAUUAGAAAUGGGAAUUUACCUGUAAUGUCUAAAAACAUAAAUAUAUUUCCUCACAACUUUCCAUGAUCUUUACCACACACAUGGGCAAAUUAUAUUACAGAAAACUAUGAAAGGUUUUCAAAGAAGGAAACUGACAAAUUGUUGGGGAAACAUUUUUAAGAUUAAAAAAAAAAACAGCAGUAAAUAUAAGUGUUUAGUUGAGGUCAUAAAAAUUGGAUGAAAGCAGAUUGUUUUGAGUAUGAAGGGAAAGACUGAACGAAAAAAAAAGAGAAAAGAAUGAUUUCGAUCUUCGAGUCAUGCAAAGCUACUCUAUCAGAACCCAAUCAUCAAAAUAUGGAAAUAAGCAUAAGUGGACGCCUUUAAACUUCCGUAACUUCCUAAGCUAAUUCACUCUCUCCAAAAAAAAAAGCUGUUCAGAAUGUGAAAUUUAAAUAAAGAGAAUCCCAUCAUUUGCAACGGUUUGUAUCUUUAUUUAAACAAAAGUAAUACAAAGACAACAUAUCAAAUCUUUUUUUAAUAAACCUUAGAUUUUAUUUCAGCAACAUGUUCCACAAAAGUCAAACCCAACUGCAGAAACAUCCCACAGCUCGUUAAAUGUAUUAAUGACAUGAUUCCCAAAGAAAAUGAGGGUUUAAAAAGUAAAUAUGAGGAAGCUUUCACCACUGAAAGGAUGUGUGAGCAGAGUUUCAAAGUUUUUCUCAAUGUAAAAUUUCUUUUUCCAACUAAAAACAAGGGUGUCACCUCCUGUGUGAUCUCAUUUUAUGCCCCUCCCCUUUUUUAAAGAUAUAUUGUCUGAUUUUUGCAUUUUACUCUCUUUUGAAACAUUUGAAUUAACCACAGCUGAAGUUAAAAGGCUGUGAGUGAUUCUUUUCUUUUUCUUUUGGUUGUCUCAUGUGAAAACCCGGCCUGCACUGCACAGAAGUCAGAUUUUACUGUAGCCUUGUGUGACGACAACACUUGAACUAAACACAAUCAGCCACAGCCUGAAAACCAGCUGAAUGUUUGCUAUGACAUCAAGGAAGGACUUUAAAAGUGUGUGUUGGCAAUAAAAGAAAAAAAAUCAAAGUG